AUCGUCCCAUGCCAUGUUUGUAUAUAGAAGACAAGAAGAGAUAUCACAUGAGAUAGAAGUACCAUUGAACCAAAAUGUCCCAUUUAGUCCGUUAUAGCCGUUACCUUUCCCGCUUCAAAACCCCACUUUUCCCAAGAUCCCAACAUUCCACACUUCCCUUCUCCACCACCACAGAAGAUUACAACAAACCUUCCAGACCCGAUCCGCCUCCGAUUCGAGUCGCACUCACUGAGUCAGCUGGUCGAGGCGUGUUUUCCACUAGGAAAAUCUGUGCUGGAGAUCUCAUACACACUGCAAAACCUAUUUUGGCUCAUCCUUCUCUUUCAACUAUUAACACUGUCUGUUAUUUUUGCCUCAAGAAGUUAACUUCGACCGAGUUUCAUGGAAAAGGGGUUGCCUUUUGCAGUCAAGAGUGUAAAGAGAAUGCUAAGGUAUACUGGGACUUGCAGUGUUAAGUUGAGACGAAAGCAGAUUGGUUAGCUUUUGAUGACUAUUGUCGGAACAAAGGUCUAAAGUAUCCACUUCUUGUAAAGCGGUUGGCUUGCAUGGUUAUAUCAGGAGCUGCAUCCGCUGAAAGUCUUGACAUACUUCAACCAUCUAAUUUAUCUCAUGAGAUGGUUUUAGAGAUGGAAGAGGGCUAUGGUUUGCUGAAGAGUGGUUUUGCUAUGGCAAAUAUUUCAGAUGAACAGAUGGCUUUCCUCACCAAGGAAUGGUACAACAGCGUACUGGCACGAAUUCGCAUAAAUGCAUUUCGUAUUGAAUUGGCAGUAGGAUCAUAUGAGGAUCUUCUAUCAUCAGCUGCAGCCUGUAUAGAAGCUGAAGCUGCUGUUGGAAAUGCUGUGUACAUGCUUCCAUCCUUAUACAAUCAUGAUUGUGAUCCCAAUGCACACAUUGUAUGGAUAGACAAUGCAGAUGCACAGUUGAAGGCCCUUUGUGAUGUUGAGGAAGAUGAAGAGCUCCGGAUCUGCUAUAUAGAUGCAAGUAUGGAUCAUGAUGCUCGGCAAUCUUUCUUGCUUCAAGGGUUUGGUUUCAAGUGCAAUUGCCUUCGGUGUUUGUCAGGGGAUUAAUGAAAUGCCAUGCUUUUGCAAGAGAAAGAUGUUGACGUGAUGACGGCAUGCUUGUUUGAUCAUUUUUAAGAUGGUUUACAAAGGGAGAAAGUGUUUCUUUUCUUACCAGUGUACCUGAGAAAGAAUUAAAAAUAAAACUUUGCUGUCCUGUUUUACCUACA